UCAAAAUUUACUAAAGUAGCUUACGCUGCACAAACCAAACACUGACUGCAUUUGCCGCAAUAUUUCUCAACGGUUCACAUGCGCACUUCCACUUCCACUUCCACACUGUCAAAAUCCUGGAAACCGUGGUGACCAAGGUCAAGCCCAUCUCCCCAGUCCUCACACUGUGACACCCCCGCCGCGUACACGGACGCAGUUUCUUUCUUUUUUCUAAUAAAGUCGUCUUGGGGAAAUAACCCGAAGGCAUGCAUGCACCCGGGGCCCGGCCUCAGUGCCUCACCGUACCCACCACGCUGUAACUCUCUGCGAGCGUCAGCCACAGCCAGUACUGUGCCUGUGUGUGGACGACCACGGUGGCCGGCGGCCGUGCAUGAAUCGCCGCCCCGUCCACUUCUCCACGACGACGACGACGGGGGACGACGCCAAGCUCGCAUUUACACCGCCCUGCCGUCCCCCACACCCUCCACCUGGCUCACCACAGUGCGCGCUACGAACCAGCAGUAGUAGCAGUAGCUUCUACUGCUGCGCCGCAUGCAGAGGCCGCCCGGCGGCCUGCUUGAGGAGGUAGCUAGCGACCAACCUCCUCUUUGAUCGGUGGCCAGGGACCAUUAGCCAAUUCGCCCAUUCCCUGCAGCCGCCACGCGCCUUGGAUACCUCGUUUCCUUCUCUAGCCAGCAAGCACACACACCUCCGGCUAUAAGUACACCCAGCAAAACGGCCGCCUCCGUCCACCGUCGCUAGUUAGGCUUUCACACUCCCUGACCGACGACCAUAGCUUAGCUUAUUGUGCUCCACUUCCAGUCUCUGCUCCACUCUUCUCUCGCUCAUCCUGUUAUCUGCGCGGCGUCCCCGGCCGGAUCGAUGGAGGACAGGGCGAGGCGGCGGCGCGUGCCGGCGUUCGGGGAGUGGAACUACUACUACUACAGCGGCGAGCUGCUGGCCACGCCGCCGCCGCCGCCCGCCGCCGAGUGGUGCGCCGCGGCGGGGCUGGAGGCCAGCAGCGACGUCUGGUUCAAGUACUCGCCGCCGCCGCGGAGGCCGCCGCCGCCGCCCAGCGGCAGGAGGAAGAAGGCCCGGAGGCCGGCGGCGACGGAGGAGAUGGACGGCAGGUCCUACGGCGGCAAAGGGGGGCUUCAGCAUCGUCGUGCGGCGACGCCCGCCAGCGCGAGGACGUCGUCGUCCGACACCGCGGCGCGCUCGCUGGCCGGCAAGGGUAAGGCCGGCGCCGGCGCCGGCGCCGCCAGGGCGCGGGUGGUGCGGCCCGUCGACGCGGACCUGUACCAGGUGCCCCCGCCGGAGUUCCUCCCCGGCGACGACGAACCAAGAAGAAGGCAAGAGGCCAAGAGGAAGAAGAAGAAGAAGGCGUCGAGGAAGAGGAGCAUGUGGGCGGGUUGCUUCGGCUUCAAUUGCAUCCCGGCUGAAUAAAAAAAAAAGAGUUGCUUGCUGUGCUCAUAUAUAUAUAAAAAAAUGGGUGGCUCACUGUAUCUAGUUUAAGGUUGUUCAGAUGUCUUUAUAUACUUGUACUGGAGAGUGGAGUACUGUGCAAUGCCAAUGUGGCCCCGCUCCUCGUAAAUUUGUUUUGACCAAGCUCCAUUGCAAUUCGGCGUCCCAUACAGAAAA